GGAAGGAAGCUCUUCCGAAAAGAAGUCCACGUGCUUAAUUUGCUUUUACGUUCAGAAAUCAGACAACACAAAACUGAAAGAGAGAUCGAUCGAUCAGGAUCUAUGAAGAGGCAGGAUCACAAUCUGGUGUCAUCAUCUUCUUACCGGGAAAAUAUUGCGCCGGAAACCCUCCAUGGGAGGAGCAUCGGAUGCAUGUCCGGCAUUAUCCACCUCGUUUGCAAAUACCAAAAUCGACACAAAUUCCUUACUUUCGGAAAGAAGCAGGAAAAGAAUGUGGUUUCUACUCCGACGAAGCUAAAACCCUCCUCGGCUUCCCCAUCAGCAGUGCAAGGACAGAGCAGAAAAGAGGUUGAUCUCCGGAGAUUCACUUGCGAUAUGCAAAGGAGCCCGACUCUGCCGGCGGACAUACGGCGCUCGCCGCAGAACUUCCCGACUCCUCCGGCGCUGGUGGCGAGGCUGAUGGGGUUGGAAGCAAUGCCGGAAUCGGCUGCCGACAAGAGAAGGAAGCUGUUAGGAGCGUUGGAGAAAUGCAACGAGGACUUGAACGCGCUCAAGAAGAUCAUCGAGGCCGUCCAGUCGUCGGAGCGGCAGAAAUCAACGCCCGCCGCAGACGCGGCGGCGACGAAAAGGUGUUGGGAGUUCAACGGCGAGCCGAGUCCCGUGUCAGUGCUGGACGAGUUCAGUGGUUCUCCUUGGAGCGCACGCUACUGCCACUCCGGACGCCACUCAAACGUCGCCGAGUUUAAGCGAAGGGAACUCAAGAAGCAAUUCAAACUAGUCACCUCCACCACCUAUCGGAGGUUGGUAGUUGAAUUCUAUGCCAACCUUUCCCAUGACUGCAACAAUUUGGCCGCUCUCUCUUCCAAGGUGCACGGCCAAGCCAUUGACGUGACAAGGGCCGACAUUGUAGCAGCCCUUCAAUGCAAUGAUGAGCAACCUCCAGAAGCCGCACAUCUUGCUGAGCAACCGCACCGAUUCUAUAUACUCCCAGCACCAGCAGCUGGUGAAGAAGGGAGUGAGGCCGAGCCAAUGGUCAAAGAUAAACCGGCAGCUAAGCCGGCAGUGGCAGAGGAGGAAGAGGCCCCAAUCAUUUUUCAAGCCGCACAGUACCCCUCCCUUAGUGAAGAGAUGGCAGGCCUUCGAAGAGAAUUGGUUGAUCAAAGAAGGGAAGCUCGGGAAGAUAAAGCUUUAAUGGAUCAACAACUAGCUGCCUUGGAAGAAUUGAUGCGAACCAUGAUUAGCCGUUUACCACCACCUUUUAGAGCAUCUACUUCUGGACAACACUAA